UGGUCCCUCCCACUCUAAAAUGUUGUCUUUCUGUGGCCAUUUUACACUUGGUUCCCUGAAAAAUAUUACACUUGGUUCCCGGAAAAAAUAAAACAUCCUUUUCAACUGGGCUUCAACGUGACAUUUAAAUAACUAUUGUUGGUUAUAUGUGGCACUGGGUAUCUAAUGCUGUAACCAAAUAGAAAAAGGACAGAGACUAGGAGCAGAAUCAGUGGAUCAGCAUGGACUAUGAGCGGAGGGGUGGGCGAGGUGACCGCACAGGUCGCUAUGGCAACACCCACAAUGAUCACAACUUUCGGGACAUGGACUACCGAGGCUAUGGCCAAGAGGACGAGGAGGCAGGAACAGCAUAUGAUGUCAGAGCAGAAGGGGACAGACCAUACAGCCGUGACGAGCAAUCACUGGGUGUCCGGGACUUCUCACCUGGUCGUCUCCUAGACCGCCCGGGGUUUCACCAGAGAGGAGAUGGGCGAAGGGAGAUUGGGCGUGAGGGGAAAGGGCUCCCGUGGCCCCCUUGCUCUCAGUCGCAGCCUGAUGUAGCCCUUUCCAUGCUCCAGAGAGAGGAGGAGGGAUCCAGACGGGAGUUUGAGCCGUUACGGACUGGCCAGCAGGAAAGGGGUCGGGGGAGAGGGAGAGGUGGAAGAGGCUUUCCUGAGAACAGUGCCUCUCAUUCAGGAAGUAGGGAUGGCAACUGGGGUCAUGGUGGUGCCCAUUCUGAACAGAUGGAAUACAAUACGUCAAGACAGAGAGAGGAGGACAGGUUCUCUCGUGGGGCAGUGAAGAGGAGGGCUUUUCCAGUGGUGGCAGAGGAGCAUAGCUGUGGGAGUGCUGGUCCAGACCUGUCCCUUGAGGAGUUGGAUCAGAGGGACCAGGACUACCGUGCAGAUCUAGACCACAACCAGAGGCCAAGCAACAUCAUAAUGCUUCGCAUGCUGCCACCCAAUGCCACUGCCAAUGAGAUCCGGGCACAACUUCAGGAGCAGGGGAUCCAGCCAAGAGAGGUUCGCCUCAUGAGGAACAAAUCUUCAGGUCAGAGCCGAGGAUUCGCCUUCGUCGAGUUUAAUGUCAUACAGGAGGCCACCCGCUGGAUGGAGACCAACCAGGGAGUGCUGUUGAUUCUGGGACAAAGAGUGUCGAUGCACUACAGCGACCCAAAACCGCGUGCCAAUGAGGACUGGCUCUGCAACAAGUGUGGUGUGCAAAACUUUAAAAGGAGAGAGAAGUGCUUCAAAUGCAGUGUGCCUAAAUCAGAGGCUGAGAUGAAGUUGCCCCAGUUGCAGAGGGAUUUGCCCAUUAGUCUUCAAAAGGAGGGAGCCCAAGGCUUAUUGCCUUUGCCAGUACCCUACCACUCUUCUGGUCCUACUGUCAACCCAGGACAUGCUACACAGCAGGCAGAUGUUGCUAAUGACACUCUGAUACUAAGAAACCUUGGCCCGCACACUUCAUUGGAAGCUAUCUUAUCUGCUCUGGCUCCAUUUGCCACUCUCUCCCCAUCCAAUGUUCGCUUAAUCAAGGACAAGCACACACAUCUUAACAGGGGCUUUGCCUUUCUACAGCUCUCUACCAUAGUGGAGGCAUCUCAGCUGCUCCAGAUCUUGCAGGCUCUCCAGCCAGCUCUCUCUAUUGACGGGAAGACUAUUGUGGUGGAGUUUGCCAAAGGCUCCAAACGUGAUGUGUUCCUGACAGAUGGCAGCAGAGUGAGUGCUGCUACAGUGGCCAGUACAGCUAUAGCUGCCGCACAGUGGGCUGUCACACAGACCACUCAGAAUGGAUCAGGUGGAAGCCAGAGUAUAGAUACAGCAGUAUAUCAGCAGGGGGCAGCAGUAACAUACAAUCAGGAAGGAAAUGAAUACACUGGGAUAGACGGCACAACUUUCAAGGGCCAGGCAGAUGCCAGGGUUGCUGCUUUGCCCAGUGCAGGAGCAGCCCUGAUGGGGGCAUACACAGGAGGAGCAGUCCCAGCUGCCAUUUCAUCUGAGGCAGUGACAUCUGGAUCAGCAGUCGUGCAGCAGCCUCUCAUUCAUACACAGACUGCUCUCAUCACCACAGCUACCACCACACCAGUCACACAGGUUGAGAUAGUGGGAAAACCACAACCAGCUGCUCCCAGCCAACCUGCUACCCCAGGGACUGAACAUGAGCUCCAGCAAUACCCUGUGCCAGAUGUGUCCACAUACCAGUAUGACGAAAGCUCUGGCUACUAUUAUGACCCACUCACAGGACUCUACUAUGACCCUAACUCCCAGUACUACUACAACCCUCAUACUCAGCAGUACAUGUACUGGGAUGGCGAGAAGCACACCUACAUUCCUGCUGCUGCCGGCCAGUCAAACGCUGAAGGUGCUCCCAUGGGCAUUAGCCCUUCAGACUCACCGUUUGUUUCCCCUGGCAGCAAGGAGAAAAAAGACAAACCCAAGAAUAAAACUGCUCAACAGAUUGCCAAAGAUAUGGAGCGCUGGGCUAAGAGUCUCAAUAGACAGAAGGAGAACAUGCGUUCUGUCUCCUCCUCCCCUGCCGUCGGCUCCACAGCGCUACCACCUGGUUACACUAGGGCACCUGGCCACAGUCGCCUAGAUGACCGCAGAGAAUCUGCUAGUGCUGACGCAGGCUAUGCUGUUCUGGAGAAAAAGGGGGCCCUGUCUGAACGGCCUCCGAUGUUUCUGGACCAGAUCCGACAAAGUGCAGAAUGUUCCCCACCUCAGCAGCAUGGUCUGGUCCCAGCCUACAGUGGAGAAACUGACAGUGAAGAAGAAGGAGGCGAGAAAGAUGAGAGGGAAGGAAGAAUGACAGACUGGGUUAAACUGGCUUGUCUGCUGUGUAGGAGGCAGUUCCCCAGCAAGGAGGCCCUCAUCAGGCACCAGCAGCUCUCUGAGCUACAUAAGCAAAACCUGGAGCAGAGAAAAGUCCAGCAGGAAGCAGCAGGCAAAGAGAGACUUGCAGAUGGACCUGAACCUCCGGAUCCUAAGAAGAGGAAGUUUAACCCUAUUGAUGGGAUCACAGGCACUAGUCUUGGUGCCAGGAUGUUGCAGGGAGGUGUGAAAAAGGGGCUUCUGUUGCGCAAUAUGCAAGUGGAGUGAACCCUCACCCUGAAAUCUCAACUUCCUGACCCAGACAGGACAAUGACGAAGCCUAGCACGCAACACUUCAUCAUUAACAUCAUAUAGACAUCUGUAGAUAAACUUGUUAAUAUUGGUUUGACAUCGCAAUUACCUCAACAGUGGUAAUACACUCACGAACUGAUCCUGUAGCAGUGAAUGUCAGGAUAUUGCACAGAAUGCACUUUUUUGCUUUCUUCCUGAAUGAUGCAGUUUUGAGUUCUCCCUUGCUUCAGAGCUUGUGUGUCAUAAACAAGCUUUAUGUGGUUGGGAAACAUUUGCCGUUGGAAAAUGAAAGAUCAAUAUAGAUCUUUAUGGCAGCAAAUGGGAUUUUCUAAUAUUACUGUCUAUGCACCAUAUAUUUUUUUAAUUUAAUGCUAUAUGCCUUGUCAUUCAGUGAAUGACUGAUCUGGGCAUGAACUGUGUACACAUUUUAGAAGAGACUGGCCUCAUGAACUGGAGAGGAUCACACUAACAGUGUGUAGAUGAAAAGUGUCUCAGUUUGGCAUAAUGCAGGUAUGAAUUCACAAUGUAUUACAUAGUUAUCGCUGGAGAAAGUUAUUUUCUAUUUCUGUAUUGUUCAAUAAUGUGACUGUUUCAUCAAGCUCAUGUAAAUUAAUUCAGAAUAACACAUUUUCAUCAUUA